UUGUCAAGCAUGAAAUGGUUAACAAGCUCACCGGAAGUGAAGCGACAACACGGUAUUUAUAAGACAAAAAAAGUUUAACGUUGGAAACUAACUAUAGUACAAGAUGGGGACAACAGCGAGUCAACUUGGAAAGGAUUUGCUCUCAGAAUACCAAGAGCUGACGUUUUUAACAAAACAAGAAAUUCUUCUGGCGCAUAAAAGAUUCACUGAGCUGCUCAUGAAAGAUGAGAGAGACCUUCCAAAUCCCAGGGUGCCCAUGGAGAAGAUCUUCACCCUUCCAGAACUCAAGUCCAACCCAUUUCGAACGAGGAUCUGCCACGUCUUUUCAACAUCCGAAGCGAAAGAUGGAAGCCUCACCUUUGAGGACUUUCUAGAUCUUUUGAGUGCCUUCAGUGACUCGGCAACACUGGAAAUCAAGUCCCACUAUGCAUUCCGUAUAUUUGACUUUGAUGAUGAUGGAACUCUCAACUGUGGUGAUCUGGAGAAACUGGUCAACUGCCUGACCGGCGAGACCAAUGACACGAGACUAACCCCCGAGGAGAUGAGACAGCUCAUCAAUAACAUUCUCGACGAGUCGGACAUUGACAAGGAUGGAACUGUGAACCUCUCAGAGUUUCAGCACGUCAUUUCAAGGUCACCGGAUUUUAUCAGUUCCUUCAAGAUUGUGCUGUGAAGACAGAAAUUGACCACCUACAUUUAUUAUUGUUUAAUCAGUUAUAUAAAGUAGUUAUUUGCUGUAAAUUUCUAUGGAAUUUAUUGACUUUACUGUUAUAUGUAAAACACCUAUUUGUAAUUUUUAAAUCUCUCUUUAUAUUUCCAUAUAAAAAGUUUUACAAAGUU